AUGAGGAAGGUGAAUAUCUUAUGUGUUGAAUGUGGGAAAAACUUCAGCAGUAGAUCAGCCCUCUUCCGAAUCCACACGGGAGAAACCCCAUCGGUGCCCUUACUGCAGGAAAAGCUAUGGUGUCCACUCAAGCCUCACUGUCCACCAGAGAAUUCACACGGGCGAGAGUGCAAAAGCAGCUUCAGGACCCGCAGGACCCUCACUAAACACCAGAAAACCCACACGGGAGAGAAACCAUACAUCUGCUCCAAGUGCGGGAAAAACUUCCGGGCAAACUCAACCCUCACUAUCCAUCGGUGA